ACUAGAGCUCACAGUCAACUAGAUAGUCUUACCCCUAACUUGACAAAAAAAAAAAAAAAAUAGAUGAGAGCUACCAGCUCUCCUAACAAUCUCCCGUCAGACUUUCCGACCCAGCUCUUUAAUCUCACACAACUAACGCAAGUCAGCCGGUGGCUUUGCGAUGGGAAUGGUGCGACGUGAACACGUAAGCUACCGCAUUUUUCAGAAGCAGGGCAUUAGGAUUAUGAGGGUAACUACGACUCUGGGAUAGCGUGAGGGGUUGGUACUCCAAUAGUAUACUAAACUUUAACGGACAAGAUCGAAAAGGUAAUGAGCAGUAUUGACUCGCUCAUUAUUUUGUAUAAAACGCAGCAGGGUUUAUCUCUGGGGACAAUAAUGCAAGCACCGAGUAUUCUACUCAUCCGGUCGCUCUCUCAGCAAAUGCAACUCUGUGUUGUGUCUGCCGUGUUAUAUGUAGGUGCAAUUAUGCAUUGAGCCCCCCCAAAAAAUAAAUAAUUGAGUCUAGUACUUGUAUGGCAAGCAAAAAUAUCAACUCAUAAGUAGCAACAUACACUACUGGUUACAUGUAUCGAGAGUAGGAUCCUUAUUCCUCCGGUCAGCUUUAUAUGACAUUUCUGAAAAACGUCAAUAUGAAGUUGACAGAAAAGGGUAGCAUACAGAGGUGAUUAGACCAUUGACUGGACUCCAGAUAAUGCCGUAAUGGGAUGAACACGGUGCGUGGAAUGUAGCACAACUUGGACGAAGAAGGGUGAACACUAUCUACACUAGGACUUAAUUAACAAACCAAUGAUCAAUAUAAUUAGGAAAGUUGGUACAUCCAUGUGCAUCGGCAAGCUGGAAGAAGCAUCUUAUGUUUGAUAAAUGUGACGAGUACUAGAAAAAUUUCAAUCUCAACACGCAAACACAUGGCCAUCUCAGAUCCGCGGGGAUCAAGUUAUUUGACGGAUGAGAUCUGGAUCACAGACUGCACAAAUUAAGCUUCAAACUUCCACGUGAGUGCCAUAGCCUACUCAAUGGUAAGAUCUGAACAACCGUGGAUGAAUUAGUAAAAUAAAAGACGGUACUCCUCAUUUUCAAAAUACAUGUCGCUUUAGCCUACCAUGCUUGCCCCUUUAACCUUCCUGUCAGCUUCUCACCAUGAAAAGUCAGAAGCUCAAAAAAAUUGUAUCUAUAUGGAAAGCUGAAAAGCUUAGUUUUUCGAGCUUUCCAUAGCCUUUUGAGCUCAAAAAAUUAAAUACAUCUUCUAAAUGCUAGUGUUAAGGAGCUAGCAUAAGUUUUUCAGAAAAACUUAAAAGCUGUAGCUCAAACAAACAGGUCCAAACUAUCUUCAAAAUACAUGUCAUCGUGAACUUCUAAGCAAUUUUAGUUCAUGUUUGGCCGUCACCCUUCAUUAUUUUUUUUAUCACUGACUACUAAUUUAUUUUUGCAUGCGUGUCUUAUUUCGUGUUGACUUCACCUACGCAACCAUGCACGCACCAAUUAAUAGUUACAUUAAAAUCGUGUCAUUUUAACUUUGUGCUUAUUCAAACUAAUUUAAAUUUGACUAAUCUUAUAUAUGUAUAUAUAUCAUGAGAUUUAUCAUGGAAUAUAUUUUCAUAGUAUACCCAUAUGAUGCCAUAAAUAUUGAUACUCUUUGCUAUAAAUUUGAUUAAAAUAAAUAUAGUUUGACUUAGGAAAAAUUAGGAUGACAGUUUUGUUGGAGCAGAGGAUAAUAAAUAUGUAAUGUGCAAACUGUAUAUGUUAUUAUCUAUUUGAUGAGUGAGAAAUAUAAAAUUAUACAAGUAGGCCUACACGAAACUUCUUCCUCACGCGCCUACUUAAGUCCUCCCACCUUAUUAUCGCCAUCCCCCACAAGCAAGCGAAAGAAAGUAUCGCAGUGAGGACAGGAGAGCAUGUCAUUCGGCAAGGGUUGGUUCCAGAAGGACCAAGCCGCCACCAAAGCAUCCAUGGGUUCCCGCUACGAGGUGGAGGUGACCGUGGGCUCGGCGCGCGACCUCAAGAACGUCAACUGGCGCAACGGCGAGCUCAAGCCCUACGCCGUGCUCUGGGUGGACGACGGGCCCAAGAGCUCCACCCACGUCGACCUCGACGACGGCGAGAACCCCGUCUGGGACGAGAAGCUCGUCGUCCAGCUCCCGCCCUCCGCCGCCCGGCUCGAGGACGCCGUCCUCCACAUCGACAUCGUCCACGCCAACGCCGCCGAGGGCGUCAAGCCGCUGGUCGGGUCCGCGCGCCUCCCGCUCCGCGACGUCCUCGACGACGCCGGGGUCGGGGGCAAGGUCUCCCGCACUCUCCGCCUCAAGCGGCCCUCGGGCCGGCCGCAGGGGAAGCUCGACGCCCGCGUCGCCAUCCGCGAGGCCCCGCCCCCGCGGUACCACCACGAUCCGAGCCCGUACCCGGCGCCGUACGGCCAUCCCGCCGGCAGCGGCGGCUCGCGUGACCCCUACUACGCCGCCCCGCCGCCGCCCUACGGCCAGCCGCCGUACGCCGCGCCGCCGGUGGGGUACCCGGCCGGCGCCUACGGUUACGGAGGCGGGCCGCAGCCGGCGUACGGCGCUCCUCCUUCCGCUCCGGCGUACGCGGCUGCGCCGGUGGUCGGUGCCCCCGCGGCGGCGGGCGCUGCUCCGCAGAAGAGCAACAAGAUGGGGAUGGGGACAGGUCUGGCGGUGGGUGCGGCGGCGGGAGUGCUGGGCGGGUUGGCGCUCGCGGGAGGAGCGAGCUAUCUCGGGGAGAAGUUCGACGAUGACUCACACGAUCACGACGACUACUAGAAUCGGGACGGAAGGCGACGACCGGCGGCGUGGCAUGGCCGUGGCCCAUGUGAAUAAGGAACGAUCGAACAAGAGGUCCAGAAAUAAGCGAGACUCCAAAGCAAGAUGAAUCAAAAAUUAAAGUUUGGCUUUCUGUUCAUCUCCGCAGCCUUUUUGUAUCUUAAUUUGUUUGCUUGCAGUACAACUUGAAUUGAAUCUGUUCAAAAGGAUUUUUACUUU